GAGGGAGGGAGUGUCUGUACAGCUCUUGCUCACUCCCAGUGAUUCCCAGCUCCUCGAAGUAGAACACACUCAGAGCCCUCAGCAGAGACUGCUGGCAGGAAGCCCUCACAGGAGAAACAGGAGACGGGACCUCCACAGGCAGAGGAUAGGCCGGCUUUUGGGGGCGCCCAUGUGGCCCCAAGGCCGAGCCCAGUGGGGGUUUGGCGUAAGCCUCAGCCCCCCAAAGAGUCGACCUUCCAAUCCAUGGGGUUGUCCUUGUCCAAGGAGAAAGGGUUAAUUCUCCGCCUAUGGAACAAGUUCUGCAGAUUGUUUCACAGACAGGAUUCCUGGACUCAAAGCCGAGAUGAGUUGAAUCUGCUUCAACAGAAGAGGAUCUGGGAGUCUCCUCUCCUUCUAGCUGCCAAAGAAAAUGAUGUCCAGGCUCUGAGCAAGCUGCUCAAGUAUGAGGCCUGUGAUGUGCACCAGAAAGGAGCCAUGGGGGAGACAGCGCUCCAUAUAGCAGCCUUGUAUGACAACCUGGAGGUGGCUAUGGUGCUGAUAGAGGCUGCCCCGGAUCUGGUCUUUGAACCUAUGACAUGUGAACUCUAUCAAGGUCAGACUGCCCUGCAUAUCGCUGUCAUGAACAGGAACGUGAACCUUGUGCGUGCCCUGCUCAUUCGUGGGGCCAGUGUCUCUGCCAGGGCUACAGGUCUCGCCUUCCAACACAGCCCUGACAACCUGAUCUACUAUGGAGAGCACCCUCUGUCCUUUGCAGCCUGUGUGGGCAGUGAGGAGAUCGUGAGGCUGCUCAUAGAGCAUGGAGCUGAUAUCAGGGCCCAGGACUCACUGGGGAACACAGUGCUGCACAUCCUCAUCCUGCAACCCAACAAAACCUUCGCCUGCCAGAUGUACAACCUGCUGCUGUCCUAUGAUGGAGGGGACCACCUGCAGUCUCUAGAGCUUGUACCUAACUACCAGGGUCUCACCCCCUUCAAGCUGGCUGGAGUAGAGGGCAACACUGUGAUGUUCCAACACCUGAUGCAGAAGCGGAAGCAUGUCCAGUGGACAUACGGGCCUCUGACCUCCACCCUCUACGAUCUCACAGAGAUCGACUCUUCAGAGGAUGAGCAAUCCCUGCUGGAACUAAUUGUCACCACCAAGAAGCGCGAGGCUCAGCAGAUCCUGGACCUGACACCUGUGAAGGAGCUGGUGAGCCUCAAGUGGAAAAGAUUUGGGCGGCCCUACUUCUGCGUGCUGGGUGCAAUCUAUUUGCUCUACAUUAUCUGCUUUACUGUGUGCUGCGUUUACCGCCCUCUCAAACCAAGGACCACGAAUGAGACCGGCCCCCGGGACAACAGACUCCUCGAACAGAAGCUCCUUCAGGAGGCUUAUACAACCCCUGAGGAUGACCUGCGGAUGGUGGGGGAGCUCGUGAGUGUCUUCGGGGCUGUGGUCAUUCUGCUGGUAGAGAUUCCAGACAUCCUCAGAUUGGGGGCCACUCGCUUCUUUGGACACACCAUCCUUGGGGGGCCAUUCCAUGUCAUUAUCAUCACCUAUGCCUGCAUGGUGCUGGUGACCAUGGUGAUGCGGCUCACCAAUACAGAUGGAGAGGUGGUGCCUAUGUCUCUUGCACUGGUGCUGGGCUGGUGCAACGUCAUGUAUUUUGCCCGAGGAUUCCAGAUGCUGGGCCCCUUUACCAUCAUGAUCCAGAAGAUGAUCUUUGGUGACCUCAUGCGAUUCUGCUGGCUGAUGGCUGUGGUCAUCCUGGGUUUUGCUUCAGCCUUCUAUAUCAUCUUCCAGACAGAGGACCCUGAUGAGCUGGGGCAUUUCUUUGACUACUCCAUGGCACUGUUCAGCACCUUUGAGCUCUUCCUCACUGUCAUUGAUGGCCCUGCGAACUACGAUGUGGACUUGCCCUUCAUGUACAGCAUCACCUACGCUGCCUUUGCUAUCAUCGCCACGCUGUUGAUGCUCAACCUCCUCAUUGCCAUGAUGGGCGACACCCACUGGCGAGUGUCCCAUGAGCAGGAUGAGCUUUGGAGGGCCCAGGUGGUAGCCACCACGGUGAUGCUGGAGAGAAAGCUGCCUCGCUGCCUGUGGCCUCGCUCUGGGAUCUGUGGGCGCGAGUAUGGGCUGGGGGACCGCUGGUUCCUGCGGGUGGAAGACAGGCAGGACCUCAACCUGAAGCGAAUCCAGCGCUACGCAAAGGCCUUCCAGCCAGAGGGAAUCCACGACUCUGAGGACCAGGACAAAGACCCAGGGGAAAAACUAGAGAUGAGAUACCCUACAGACCCUUACCUGUCUUUUCCUACACCCUCAGUGUCUCGAAGCACCUCCCGCAGCAGCACCAACUGGGAAAGGCUUCGGCAAGGAACCCUCCGGAGUGACCUGCGGGGCAUGAUCAACCGGGGCUUGGAAGAUGGGGAGGGCUGGGAAUACCAAAUCUGACUGCCUACUGGUGGUUGUUGUAGCAUCAAAUCCAAACCAAAGCAACAAUAAUAUAACAGAAACCUAGGUCUCAACUCCCAGGUCCAAGAGGAAAAGGAGGAAUGGCACAAAUGUCAAGGAAUGCACGCUGGAAAUAACUGCUCCAGGUCUUCCAAACUCCUUCAGAUGGGGCAAGGAAAACAGUCUGUGUUCCUCCCUGCCGCAAGCAUUCCUCACCCUCCUAUGGAAGUCCCACUGCACAGCAGAGCACUUUAAAGAUAGAUUCACCUUCUCAAGCACCUGUCUCAACCCCGUGUCAUAAGUGGAAGGACUCCUUCACAAGUGCUCCAGGCUUGUGGAAAGGAGUGUGAGGGAGGGAGACAGGUACUACCUUAGGGAUGAGGAAGCUGCACUGAGUCUUGCACCUUCCAUUUGCCAAUAAAGCCAUUUCCUCCUCCUU